AUGUCCCUUCUGUCAGAAUCUGGUGGAAUCCAGGCCCAUUCCAGAGGAUUCCGGUCCAUUCCUGUGGAUUCUGGUCCAUUCCUGUGGAAUCUGAUGGAAUCCAGCAGAAUGGACCCAUUCCUGCAGGAAUAUGCGGGCAUCAAAAAACUGCAAAAGACUGGUCCUAGGUGGUUUGGUUUGGUUCCCUCAAUAUCUGGGACUCAUCAUGCACUUUUUCUUGAGACUUCCUUGCUAUAUUUUACUUCUUAUGAAACACCAGCACCCACAAAAAGAGCUAAUUUCAAAUUUAUGCGGAAUCCCAAAAUCUUUUUUGGCUUCCAUCCUGCGGCAGUGCUGCCAAGCACCAUUGUGGUGGAAAGUGAAACCAGAGUGCCUCAACAUGUUGCCAUGAAGCUGCAGGAAACCCCUCCUUUGAAACAUGCUAGUACCCCGAAGGCAGAUCUUGAACAGUUUUUGGACCAGGCACCUGCCACCAGGGAAGGCGACAUCAGCCCUGAUGCAGACUUUACCUGGUAUUUCUAUUCAAAGAACUUGAAGAUGACUCUUUCUCUUCCAUGUAGUCUAGUUCCAAUUCUCAAUGGUGAAGAAGAAGACAACAGCUUAUAG